AAUUUAACAUCUUUCAAUAAAGAAACUAAAAGGCUGAAGGAGAAUGGCAAUAAAAACAAACAAGUACAGUCAACAAGAACUGAUGGACAAUACAAGGGAAUAUGUUUGUGUUGAUGAUGACAAAAGUCUGAAAGGUCAAGGAUGGCGUUUCAAUUGGCGUCAUGAACCAUUUGGGAGAGAGCUGGAUGAAUACAAGAGAUUAGAGGACACUCUAAAGCCUGUUAACAUCCAUGACACCAAGCCAAAUAACUUUAAUUGGAUACACUGCCCAUCAAGAUACUCAGCAAAAUCAGCCUACCAAAUUCUUGAAAACCCCACCACUUGUCUUCAAGGCAGUAUUUGCAGCUUGAUUUGGAACCCGUUGGUGCCCUCUAAAGUUAGCUUCAUGAUUUGGCGCCUCUUCCUAAACCGCCUUCCAACUAAAGACAACCUGUUUCUUCGAGGAGUAAAUUUAACAAACAAUCCAAACUGCAUGUUCUGCGGUGAUCAUCCAGAGGACGCAAAUCACAUCUUUGCCAAAUGCAGACAAUCUCAAAAACUAUGGAGCAAAAUAUGUCACUGGUGGGGUUUCCUUUUUGUGCCCCCGGAUAAUGCCUUUGCCAUGCUCCACCAGCUUAGUUCGCUGCAGGUCCCCAAGAAAGCAAGGAGCUGGAACCUCACAAUCUCAACGGCUGCUUGGUCCAUUUGGGAGGAUUUCAACCAAUUAGUAUGUUCGAUCAAAAAGGCAAUAGCUGCUGGGCGUGCAGUUCGGAUGGGUCCUACAACUUUCCCUUUUGACCCCUUGGGUACAGAGACCCUUGGGUUCCCCCACCCGCCCCCCUCCAAUUGGGCCUCAUUCAUCUGGCUUUGCAGUCCAAUGUCCGGCCUGCUUGUCCAGGGCACCUCGGCAACCGCUGCACCUCAAGCUUCGCCAGCCAUCGUCCCUUCAUUGUCUCUGAUACGCAGAAAAACUAAUGGAUAGAAGUUUUAGAAGUUACACAUGUUCAUUUGACUUAUUAGUUACUGUUGAUUUGUGUCAGUUUAGUAACAGGUGAUAUAUGUUAAUAUAAAAGUGUUUGUAUU